GGAGCAUUCCCAAGGUCGGCCAUACUUGAAAUAUACCGGGAGAUCCCACGCGGAUGUUUGUUGUUACUGGCAGUUUUAAAAGAUCACGAUGCCGUACGCAAAUCAACCAACUAUACAUGUUUCCGAAUUGACCGACGAAAAUAUAAAGUUUGUUCUUGAGGAUACAGAUCUAAGCACUGCCAAUGCUAUGAGAAGAGUUGUGAUCGCUGAGGUUCCCACUCUCGCCAUUGAUUGGGUCCAGAUUGAGGCAAACUCUAGUGUCCUUCAUGAUGAGUUCAUAGCACAUCGAGUGGGUCUCAUCCCUCUGACCAGUGAUGAGGUGGUGGACAGGAUGCAGUACUCCAGGGAUUGCACAUGUGAUGAGUUUUGUCCCGAAUGUUCAGUGGAGUUCCAGCUGGAAGUGAAGUGUACAGAUGAUCAGACGCGGCACGUCACCACAGCAGAUAUGAUCUCCAGUAACCCUAAAGUUGUCCCGGUGACAUCCAAGCACAGAGAGGAAGAAGGAUAUGGUGAAACAGAUGAUAUCCUGAUAGUAAAGCUACGCAAGGGACAGGAGUUGAAGUUACGAGCAUUUGCCAGGAAGGGGUUUGCCAAGGAGCAUGCUAAGUGGAAUCCCACCAGUGGAGUGGCGUUUGAAUAUGACCCAGAUAACGCCCUACGCCACACCGACUAUCCCAAACCUGAGGAGUGGCCAAAAAGUGAAUACUCAGAGUUACCAGAUGAUGAGUUUGAGGCACCAUACGACAUGAGUGGAAAACCCAACAAAUUUUUCUUCAAUGUUGAAUCCUGCGGAGCUUUAAAACCAGAAAACAUUGUAUUCAGUGGACUCUCUGUACUGAAAAAUAAACUCAGUAAUUUACAAACUCAGCUCAGUCAUGAAAUCCAGAGUGAUGUGUUGACAAUUUAGAUGCUGUGUUGACAGCGAAAGAUGAAUGUAUAAUACUUUUUAUUGUUUCUGAACUUUCUGGUGAAUUAUGACUAUGUUAUGUCCUCAUUACAAAAACCACUGGUCACAGAUAGUUCACUUGUAACUGAGGGAAAUGGACCCCGAUUGCUUCAGAGAAGUUACUGUGUAUUGACAAAUCUUGUGAAACUGUAAAUACUUGUAAACACAGAAUUUUUUCUUCACAUUAAUUAAAACAAAAAUAUUCAACCACUUUUGAGAACAAGUACUGUAUGAUAUGUAGAUAGAUGUAGAAGAUUUUAGAAUCUGAUUUAUACAAUAGUGAUGCAGUAUACAACCUGUAUUAUUUUGUGAGAAAAACUAAGUAAAAUAUUUUUUUCUAAAGACAGUGUAAAUAAUAAAGAAAAUAUUGAAGAACCAUCUUUCCAUACAUUUAUUAUUCACUAUAAGUUAAACAAUCAACAUAAGAAAGCAGCACAAUUUCUUUGUCACAUCCUGUUAUAUUGUACGCACCAUAUCAGUAUCAUGACAUCUGUAUUUAAUGAGUUUGUUUUGAAAACGGUUAAGAAUUUACAUUGAAAUGUACAUGUGGCAGCAGGAAAGGCAAUUUUACAAUACUGACAUUAACUGUUUUAAUACACAUUUGUUCACUGAAGCAAAUGAAUAAAGUACGAUAGUUGAUAUACUGCACCAUGGCACUAUUGCAAACGUGAAAAAAAAAAUGCGUUGCAUGCCAGUCCACAGAUUCAAAAUUUAAUCUUGGAGUUUUGAGUAAUUGAAUUGGAUGAUAUUUCAUAUUCUUACAGAUAAUCCAGUGAAUAAUAAUAACAAUAAGUUUCUUCUGGGGAUUCAUGGCCUCUAGCAGAUAGCACUUACCUGCAUAUUACAAAAAAUUAUUAUUAUUAUAUGUUAGUACUAUUAUUUAUGGCAUGCUUAAGCCAGUGAAUUCUAUACAUAUAGCAAGAGUCAAGCAAGUUGUCUUUGUGUUUGGCAAAUUCCUCCUAGUUUCAAACAGGUGAUCACGGUGUAGAAGAGCAGACUAUGCGGGGGGUCCCCUCAGAACUGAACACUGAAUUCCAGUGAAUUCCACACAUACAGUAAGAGCAGAAGUUGCCUUUUUGUUUGUCAAGGUCCCUUUUGUUUCUAUUGUCAUUUCUGCGUAGUAGAGCAGACUAAGCGGCAGGUCCCCUCAGCACUGGGUCACUCUUGAAACACAUCAGCUGGAACUUCAUCCUGGUCUUAAAAUUGUUGAUCAAAUC